AUGGAUGAGAUCUCCCCCGAGUACGAUGUCAUCGUCUUGGGCACUGGCCUGACCGAGUGCAUUCUUUCCGGUGUGCUAAGCGUCAAGGGCAAGAAGGUGCUUCACAUCGACCGCAACGAUCACUACGGAGGAGACGCAGCUUCAGUAAAUCUCGAGACGCUAUUCAAGAAGUACGGCAAUUACGCCGCGGGCGAGGAGCCGUGGAAGAAAUACGGCCGGCUCAACGACUGGAAUAUCGAUCUGGUCCCCAAGUUCCUCAUGUCGUGUGGCGAGCUGACCAACAUCCUCGUCUCCACUGACGUCACCCGCUAUCUCGAGUUCAAGCAGGUUGCCGGCAGCUAUGUCCAGCAGGGCACUGGGCCCAAGGCCACCGUGGCUAAGGUCCCCUCCGACGCCGCCGAGGCUCUUCGUUCCCCCCUGAUGGGCAUCUUCGAGAAGCGCCGGAUGAGGAGCUUCAUCGAGUGGGUGGGCACCUUCGAUAUAAACGACUCCACCACGCACAAGGGUCUAGACAUAGCCACGUGCACGACGAAUGACAUCUACGAGAAGUUUGGCCUUGAGCCCGGCACUCGCGACUUCGUCGGCCACGCCAUGGCCCUCUACCUUACCGAUAGCUACGCCGACGAGGUCGGCAAGGCUCCCGAAGCCAUCGAGCGUAUUAGGAUGUACGGUAACUCGGUGGCCAGGUACGGCAAGUCGCCCUACAUCUACCCCCUGUACGGCCUCGGCGAGCUGCCUCAGGGCUUUGCACGCCUGUCUGCCAUCUACGGCGGUACAUACAUGCUUAACGCGCGGGUGAACGAGAUUCUGUAUGAAGGUGGCAAGGCCAGCGGCAUCAAGGCCACCAUGACGGGUGUCGAUCCAGAGAUGAAUUUCGAGACGAAAGCAAAGUUCAUCCUCGGUGAUCCCUCGUACUUCCCUGACAAGGUCAAGGUUGUCGGCCACGUGCUCAAGGCUAUCUGCGUCCUGAACCAUCCGCUGGCCGGUACUAGCGACUGCGAUUCCUGCCAACUGAUCAUCCCGCAGUCCCAGGUUGGCCGCCGGAACGAUAUCUAUAUUGCCUGCGUCUCAUCGGCACACAACGUGUGCCCCAAGGGCUAUUACAUUGCCAUCGUGUCGACGAUCGCCGAGACGUCUUCCAACCACCACCUAGAGCUGCAGCCCGGUCUGGACCGCCUCGGUCACAUCGAAGAGCAAUUCAUGGGCCCGCCCAUCCCGCUCUACGAGCCACUCGAGGACGGCACCAAGGAUAACAUCUUCAUAUCUAAGAGUUACGAUGCCACGUCACACUUCGAAACUACCACCGACGAUGUCAAGGAUAUCUACGCACGCGCCGCUGGUGAGGAGCUCAAGGUAGAGGGUCUCCGAGAGGGCCUUCAAGUCGCCGAGGAGUAG